AUGGAGCAGCAACAGCAGGCGCAGAUGAAUCCCCAAGGGCCCGUCACAUACAUGGCCGCCCCCCAGCCGUUCCAGCAUCCGCCCCAGUCCAACAGGAUAAUAAUUACAAGUGUCCACGUCCUCGUCAUGGCCAUGUCCAUCAUCGGCAUGGGCUUCGACUUUUCACUCGUAAGAAUAACCGGGGGGAUGUACCAUGUCUCCGCCGCGGUUGCUACUCUCCUAUUCAUCAUGGCCUUUUUCUGGAGCCUCGCCGAGCUCAUUGUCCGCGGCAAGUGCAACUGGAAAGCCGGCAUCCACCCAGGCGUCCACGUCGUCGUCUGCCUGGUCCUCUCGCUCUUUGCCGUCUUUAUAGGCGCCACGCUCGCCAGCUCUGCCGCCUUGAUUUGCCCCAACAGCGACGGCUGGUGCAAGGAUAAGCGUGUGUCACCGAUGGUCGUGGGGUCCCCCGUCCUCGCGCUGCUUCUCGCCGCCGUCGAAUUUAUCCUCUUCGUCGUCGCCUGCGCCGACACCCUCGCCCUCAUCCGCCGGCAGCGCAGCGCCGCCAUCGCCUCGAGGCCGUACUAG